AUGCUCCGCUCAGCUCGGGGCAGCCCGGCCCCCGGAGGCGGCUCCGGGAGGAACCCCGGGCUCCAGCUGCUGCAGAACUUCCGCUUUAGCGCUGCUGCGGGGGCGACGCGCGACUCCCGGGUUCAGCUUUCCGGCGCCUGGCGCAGUUUCCCAGAGCUCCGCGCCCCGGUCCUUCUUACACAGCCAGAAGCCCUAUUCGUUGCGGCAGCGCAGCAGCCACCGGGCAAGCGCCAGCAACGUCACAACCGCCCGCCAAAAUCGCACUUCCCACCCAGAAAGCUGCCCAAGGGCGGACGCUCCCGGGGCGGGACUUCCGGGAUCUGCGCCCCGCCCGCGCUCCCUCCCAGCCGGAGACGGCCCAGCCCCGGCGUCGCAGCUCCUGCUGGUGCAUCCUGGGUGGAGCCUGACUUUUCCCUGAGAUUUCUGCGAGGCGUCAGACACGCCUAGUCCCAGCUACUUGGGAGGCUGAGGCAGGAGAAUGGCGUGAACCCGGGAGGCGGAGCUUGCAGUGAGCAGAGAUCGCGCCACUCACUCCAGCCUGGGCAACCGAGCGAGACUUCCUCUCAAAAAAAUUUUUAAAAAUUUUUAAAAAGCCAAAAAUUUUUGUAAUACUUACCUCAGUACCCUUAAUUAGGCUUUCACAUCAUUUGAACCCAGGAGGCGG